AUUUGUAACUGUUUGUAACCAACGGCAUUCGCAUAUGAUGUGUCAAAUUGACAUACUUUUAUUAACAUGCGCUUUUGUGUUUAUUUAACCAUAAACUAAUAUAAACUAAUUAAAAAGCAUGGGCAGUGUUUAUUUACCAUCACGUCUUCUACGCGAGACCCCAACUGUAAAUUCAUGCAUUCCAAUAGUAAAGUAUAAUACAACAAUAAUCACUGAUGUUUAUGCAGGCAUUCCUGAAAAUUUAUUACUAAAUCUUUUUGGAUUUUUGUUCCUUGUUGUACUAUUCGGUUUAUUACGUAAGAGUGCAUGGAAUUAUGGACGUCUUGCGUUAUUAAACAAAUCGGACGAACGAUGGAUGGAUAUAUUUUAUGGGGACAAUGAAGACAGAGAUACAGAUGCGAUAUGCAUAGAAUCUUCAGUCAAUUCACAACUAUCACAGGUUGAUAAAGGCUUUCUGUCAUGGAUUGUUACUGCGUUCAAAGUUACCGACGACGAAUUGUUAAAACGAGCUGGACCCGAUGGUUUACUAUAUAUAUCAUUCGAGCGUCACUUAAUCAUCUUAACAACUUUGAUGGUUGUUGUAUCCUUGUGCAUAGCUUUACCAAUUAAUUUUCAUGGAAACAUGCAAGGAGACAAUGCAACAUUUGGUCAUACAACAUUGUCAAACAUAGAUCCGAUGUCUACAUGGAUUUGGGUGCAUACACUGGUAAUCUUAUCCUAUUUACCGAUUGGUGGCUAUGUGAUGAGGAAUUUUUUAAAAAAGGUGCAAGAUGCUAGGCAUGGUGGUGAAUUAGCAGCUAGGACAUUAUUAAUUACAGAGGUGCCGAAGCAUCAGUGUAAUGUUCAGACUCUUAUUGAUUAUUUCAAAGAAGCAUUUCCUACUUUAACGGUGGAAGAUGUUACAUUGGCUUACGAUAUUAGGCGGCUUUCAGCAUUAGAUGCUGAAAGGGAUUGCGCCGAGCAAGCUUGUUUAUAUUGUGAAAAUUAUGCAAAAAAAAGGGAACCAUUAAAAAUGUAUCCAUAUCCGUGUGGCCAAGUGAUAGGUUGCUGUUGUAAACAUCAAGUUGAUGCUUUUGAAUUUUACCACAACGAAUUAAUACGAUUAUCAGUGUUGGUCGAAGAAGAAAAAAGGAAAACACUGUCCAGGCCUAUAGGAGUAGCUUUCGUUACUUUAGGUACAUCUGGUGCAGCUAGAACUAUGCGGAAACAACUAAAUUCUUCGCCUAGUAUAAAAUGGGUUGUAAAUUAUGCACCAACACCAUCUGAUAUUUUCUGGGAGAACCUAAGUAUACCAAGACCAUGUUGGUAUUUAAAUGCUGUUUUAAUCAAUUUUGCUCUGGGCAUUGUAUUAUUUUUCCUUACUACACCGGCUGUAAUAGUAUCUGCCUUGAAUAAAAUACCGAUUACAGGGGACAUAAUGAAUCUUAGUCCAGUAGUUUCAUCUUUCCUUCCAACUGUUUUACUAGUCAGCGUGGCUGCUUUAAUGCCUGUAUUAGUAGCAAGAAGUGAAUCGUUAGUUAGACAUUGGACUAGAAGCGGCCUGAAUCGGGCAGUAAUGACAAAAACAUUACUUCUUUUAUUGCUGAUGGUUCUUAUAUUACCUAGUUUAGGCUUAACCAGUGCUCAAGCAUUUUUAGAAUGGACUGUGGAUCCUACGACUGACGCAGGAAAUUGGGAAUGUGUGUUUUUACCUGAUCAGGGUGCUCUGUUUGUAAAUUAUGUUAUUACCGCGGCCUUACUUGGAAGUGGUUUGGAGUUGGUCAGAUUCCCUGAAUUAGCGUUGUACACCUUCAGGCUGUGCAUAGCUCGUAGCAGGGCGGAAAGAGUACACGUUAGGAAGGCAGUAUUAUGGGAGUUUCCACUAGGUGCUCAUUAUGCCUGGUUGCUCUUAGUUUUUACUAUGACAACUGUGUACAGUUUAGCUUGCCCGUUAAUUACACCCUUUGGAUUGCUGUACCUUGUAGUGAAACAUCUGGUGGACAGGCACAAUCUAUGCUUCGCGUAUGGGCCAAGCGUUGGUGGUGGCCAGUUAGCAGGGGCAGCGGCAAGCGCUACCGGAGCGGCUCCAAUUUUGGCCCAAGCAGCAUUAUUAGCUUUAGGCUUGGUAAGAAGAGGUUUGUCGCCAUUAGCUGCUGUACAACUUAGUGGUCUCGCUGCAAGCAUUUUAGGUCUUGUUACCGGAGCUACCUUGCCCACAUCAAAGUCUAAGACGCAAGCGUUGAAAAGAGACAUGUCGGCUGGUCAAAAUUUUGUGGCACCCGUGUUGCGAAAGGAAGAGAUUACUUUGGAAGAAACUGUACCCGACGGCGUGGGUUCUGAUCACAAUUUGUCCAGUUUAAUACUAAGUACUAGUACUUCAUCGGUCCACGAGAGUCCAAAACUUUAUCAAAAUUAUGGUAAAGAAUCGGAAGCAUAAUAUUUUUUUAUACAAAAAAAUCGAGGCUUUAAACGCAACUCCAUUGUGAUGUUAGAUGCAUAGACGGUGCAUUAAUUAAUAAUUCAGCGGAAACACCAGUGAAAUAUAUCGAAUGCCGUAACCGAUCAUUAAAAUUAAACAUAUCGUGAUAUCGUACGAAUACGAUAAAGCUAUUCAUUUGUGAAUAAAAUCGAAUUCAUUUAUGAUGCAUCAAGAGUUUUAAACAUGGAAGUUUUAAAUUCACCAUAAUUAAUCUAACGUUCCGCUUGAAAAAGCAUAAUAUAUUGAGAUUAAAUUACCUGGCGCCAAGAAGGGUGUUUAAUAAUUUUUAAUUUGUACUUAUAUUAGUGAAAUGUAAAAAUAAAG